AUGACGACGACAGCACGUGCGAAUCUCGGUCCCCUGACCGCGCCGUUCACGUAUCCCGCGAGUUGCACGGUAGCGGUCCAGGCCUGUUCGACCUGCGGCACGUUCUGGCAGGCGCAGACCUGCAGCGACAAUGCGGCCAACACGCAGGGUGUCCAGGACAACGCCGCGUGCUGGCCUCCGCGCGACAACGCGGCUAUAGCGACUGAGGUGGCGUUCGGUGGAUGGGGGUUCUACUCCCCUGGGCUGUCUUGUCCCGUGGGGUUUGCUACGGCUUGUAGUGCAACCGCCAACGUGGCCGGCGGGACUUCGUUCCAGUUCCCACUCGAGGCGGGCGAGACAGGAGUGGGAUGUUGUCCAACCGGGUAUUCUUGCAGUUAUAAAGAGGCAGAAGGCCGCGGUCAAACAUGCUAUAGCGUCGCCGCGGGGAGCUCCUUUGCGGCUGCCAGCUGCUCUUCGGGGAAGACCAUCGACUCCCGUUACUACGACUUGCCGGCUACGGUCACGUUCACUGAUACCGCGGGCGACUCGUCAGUGACGGCGAUCAGCACCGUGAUUGUCUUCGCACCGCUCUUCCAGCUGGUACACCAGGGCGCGGCGGACAUGACACAAACAUCAUCGCAGAGCAGCUCAGCAACGCAAAGUGCGGUUUUAACCUUUUCCAGUUCGACAGGUGGUAGCUCUGCGAGCAGCUCUACCAGCUCGACUGCAUCAUCACAGCCAUCCUCGAGUUCCGCUUCGAUCGCGACGACGGGUCUCUCGACCGGAGCGAAGGCCGGGAUCGGGAUCGGUGUCGGUAUCGGAGCCCUGAUCCUCCUAGCAGCGGCCGCAGCCCUGAUCGUUCGACGGCGAAAGCGAAAAGGGGCGGCGCACGAGAGUGAAAUCAUGACGUCCGAACCGAAGCAUCCGCACCCGUUGUAUCCGCAGCUGGUCCCGCAGCACGUGCACCAGACACCGGCGGUGGAGCUGGAGACGCCGGCUACGGCGACGGAGAUCGGGUCUUCUUAUCAUCAGGUUCCCGAGCUCCCGUCAUGA